GACAGACGACAGACAAUGACACUCGUUAAAAUAAAAAGGUUUCUUUUCUUACUUUGAUUGAUUGAAUGUUCAAAUCAUAGAUAAUAAUACAUAAUACUGUUCAAAUUCUGAUUGGUGCAUCGUGGUGACAUUUUAUUUUGUAUUGGUUAAAGUUUUGGCGUAACUAUAUAAACAUUCAUAUUAAAUCGUACUUUACUCUUUGAAAUAAACUGAAAAGAUUUCAAAUUCUGGUUAUCUUCAAUGGUUUUAGAAGUUUAUUUUCAAUUGCCAAAAUAAUGAUUUUACAUAUGAUUAUGUACAUCACAUAGCCAUAUGUAAAAUAAUUAUUUUAACUAAUCUUUAAAUCUUCCGAGGAAACCGCGCACAAAUUUUAUUAUAACUGACGUAAUCAGGCCGUGACAACAUCGGCUUGAUUAUCAUGCAGGCGGCUUUCAACUAAAUUAAUUUCCCCUUCGAAUAAAGUGUAAAAUCAGUGCUACGUUCGUUUCGAGCACUUUCAAAAGUGCUGUGCAAUUUCCUAUGUAAUAAGAUUGAGUGAUAGUUAACGCUGUAUUAGUAUCGCACAAUUACAGUGUAGUGCUUCGUCGGCCCCUGAAGCGUUCGGUCGUAGGACCCACAUCUAGUGGAUGUGAUCAGCGACAUGAACGAUCCGUGGGAUGUGAAGUCAGUGAGACAGGCUGGUCAAUACAUCUCUUGUAUGAAGAUAAAUGGAGUGCCAUUACUGCCUCCCGUUCUGUCCAAAGAAUGCCGAAAAGAGAUGCAAUAUUAUAAAUUGCUGGCAAAAGAGGUAGAAAAACGUAUUUUACAUCUAAAACCAUACAUUGAUAGUGACACAGAUUCUAGUGAAGAUAAGACUGAUGCCCCUGAGCUUCCUGAAUGUGAACAUAAUUGUGACCUGCCUCAGGAAGAACCAGUAUAUAAUGUUAACAUAGACAAAAUAAGUGCUGUUGCAAAUGAAAUAAUAAACCACAAAACUUCUGAUAGUUCUGACUCAUAUGAUGCCAGUGUUAUAUCUCCUAUUACUAGUUCUCCUCAGAAAAUAGUGAUUGACUUAAGUUUGAGCAUUAAUGAAACUAGUAGAAAUAUUUUACCAAAUAAGAGUCCAGAUGCUUCCCCACUGAUAGAUUUACCAGAGAGAGAUUACAAUUGUACUGAAAAGAAGACACAAAAUGAUAUGCUAACAGACUUGAACUCAUCCAAUUCAAACAAACAAAGAAAAAUAGCAGCUGACACCAUAAAUGUUGAUGUUAACAAAGAUAUCUUAUCUGAUCCAUUUCCAGAUUUGUCUAUUAAUCAGGAUGGUCCAUCAUCUCUCAGCUCUAAAAGUUUUACUGGCUCCCUAAUUGACAUUUACACUGAAAGUAUGAAAGAGUCUCAAAUGGCUCCUAAACUUAUCAGACAAAGAUCUUACACUUUGCUCAAGCCAAGUCCUCAACUAUUGGCCCACUUGGAAGUGCAGUCCCUAAACACAGGAGUAGAAAUGAGUUGUAUUUCUAUGAGUGACUCUAUUUCAAAUCUUAACUCACCAAGCAAGAAACGUAGAAGUUGGGAUUUAGAAUCUGCUAAAGUGAAAUGGUCCACAAUGGCCUUAGAACUAAACCAAAAAAAUAUGCCAAAAGUUCAAAAACCAAAUAGUGUGUCAAAAAAUAGUUUGAAACCAACACCUAAGAAGUUACAGUCAUCUUCCCCACCUAGAUCGAAAUCAGUAUUGCAAGAUAAGCCGAGGCGCCCAGCAGGAGUGACCAAGGGGUUACCUAAAUCAGAACCAGUUCAAAAACCUAUGAAGAAAGCUGUAAGUCCUGUUAGAAAUGCCACUGUCAAUCAUGCAGUUACCAAAGAACCCACUUCUAAAACCACUACUCCUAAAAAGGAAUCAUCAAUACCAGUUUCUCAACUGAUUUCUGAAUCAGAUGAUCCAGCACUACGUGUGAGAGAACUAUACGAAAAAAUACAGAAGCAACAACUUGCCCAAAUGGCUAGUUUAGUUGAAAAGCAAAAAAAAGAACAGCUUUUACUGCAGCAGGUAUUUGAAGAGCAAAAUAAUUUGCUGUACAAACAACUGAAAACUAUAUGCCCUAAAUCACCAAUUGAGGUGAGACAAGCUUGGGGAGAAAAGAAUAAUGAAGGUGUAGAAAGAGGACCUGUGAGUCUGAGCCAACUGAUUAAUCACAAGCCUCAAACACAAUGUGGGUAUGAUAGUCCAGUGAGCGACACAUUGAAUGAAACAAACAAUUAUAUAAUUCACUGUGAUGACAUUCUGAAAAAGAGCAAAGAUAUAACAAGCAGUCUAAAAAAACAACAUUCCAGCCGUGUUCAAAAUGGACAUCAGGCUGGUUCUCCUCAAUUGAUUUUGGAGGGAACAAAGACAAGGACGCAUUCGCCUUCUAACCGUUCGAUAUCACGACGUCUAAAUUACGAUACUAGUGCGUCAUCAGAACGCGAAUAUGAACCGAUAAUGACCGACCGAACUAACGACACAAUGGCUGACUUAAACGUAACUUUUCCCACUGACCAGAGUGAAGAUGGUCAAUCUUUUAAUCUUAAUAAUACUGUUAUAAACCAGCUGUACAAAGAAGUGACCGUGGUCCAUCGCAAUCCAACAGCAACUGGCUCGAGACAGAACUCUGCAACCUCUGCCAGGGAAGAUACUGAUCAUAAUAAACCUAGUCAAAUGCACAGGCUGCUUAAUACAACAUAUGCUUCACAGCCAACUCCUGAGCAGGUAAAUUUUAUUGCAAUUUAUUUAUUUACUACCAAAAUUACCAUUAAAUACCUUAUAAAUGAAAGAAAUGGUGUUUCAACUUUGUCAAUUUGAGUCUU